AUGACCGACAGCGAUAUUGACAUGACCUCGUUUGCAGGUAGCGCCAGUAACCCUGUGGAUUUGACACAGGCACGGGUGAGCGACCGGCCGGCCAUUACUAUCGACCUUACAGGAGACAGUAGUGAAGAUGAAGCCGGAACCUCGUCUACGCGAGCCGACACAGCAGCUUUGACCAACAACAUUCUCGCUCAUUCGCCAACGAGAAAUCAAAACAUUGAGACUGAGAGAGCGCCUUCCGAGGCAACAGCAAGACCAAGCAUUACUGAAAGCUCUGCCGCUGCCGUCAAUGAUGCAAGCCCACUAAGCAAGCCGGCCGAGCCAUCGUCCGUAAUUUCACCUGCAAGUUCGGAUCAUCAGGCGCCCGCAAAGUCUAUCGCGCAGAAUUCCCGCCUGACCCAGCCCGGCAACCCAUUCAACAAGCAACCCACCGUGCCUUCCGGGAACCAAGCUUCACCGCUGACAGAUAGCAACAUGUCAUCUGGAGCCACCAGUAUGGGUACACAGUUGCACAAUGCUGGUUCUGAUGGCGGACUAAAACGGCAAAAAUCUGUCGUUAUUAACUCGAGCGAUGAUAACCAUGAUGGCGAUGACAAUUCCAAUAUCACAGAAAAAGGGUCUUCGCCCUUGCCCGCGCGAGUUAACAAGUUGACCAGUCGACCGAGAAAAGAAAUUUCGCACGAACAAGCAGAGUCUACACAUGUCCCGGAUCGAACUGAUGAAGUCGAGAAUGUGCGGAGCAACAACGCCGAUGAUUCACCAAGGGUAAGCCCUGCUCCUCCCGAGGCGUCUGUUGCGCAGGCGAAAAAUGAUCCAGCGACGAUUACCAGCCUAAAUACCGAUCUCGAAAUUCAUCUUAAACAGCUUCACGAAGACCAUGAAUAUUUUGCUCGGAACCGGCUCAUGCGGGCGCGGAUGUGCUAUCGCGUGGCGUCAGAAGAAGAUACUCCCGUGCAAGAUCUUGCUUCGGGGCCUAGUAUAGUGCCACCGCAAUUUCUCCAAGAUGCCUUUCCUUGGCCAGAGGCGACGUCAAUUUUGAAACAGGGAACACCAAAGCCUAGCGAAACCAAGAAAUUUGUGGAGAGGUAUCAAGAUAUCUACAUGAACGGUACGACUAAGAACAGCAAAACCACGUCACUCUAUAACCAUUUCGACCAAUACGCUACUGAUGGCCUCAUAAUACCGGACUAUACCAAUUAUGUGAGCCUCAAGCAAAACCUCUUGGCUGAAAGCAUCAAAACACUGCUUUAUGAACCUUACUUCAGUGACGAUCAGUCCCAUGAGGCAGGAAAGCAAUCCCUGUGGGAUGAACUCAGACAACGCUUCACAAAAGCAUUUGAGGAGAGACCACGGCGGGUCUUGCAAGCCCAAAAGAGUUUCCAGUAUCGAUCCUAUGCAGAAGCUUUCUUUCAAGAAAUAGGCUGUCAGAUGAGCGAUGUGCUCAACUAUCUCUUGAUGCCAGAGGCUGAGCUAAGGAGCAAACUUAUAUUGGCAGGUUUGGAUGAUCACAAGGUUGACAACUUGGUACAGACCGUCCGGCCUAAGUCUUGUCAAGAAGACUUUGACAGAGACAAGCCGAAGUGGUUGGACGUGUAUGACACUUUGCCGGAAUCCACGCCUGAUCAACUAAGCAAUGUGUGCCUCGCUUGUGAAGCAUGGCGACAAAGAACCGGUUUCAGUAUUUGGCACAUUGCAAGACGAAGCUCUUUUGCCCAGAUUCCUGGCACCACGAGUCCCUCCCAGCAAAAAAGUACCCAAGACACAUCAUCCUUUACAUACCGGAGCCUGGCAUGCCGUGUCUGUCAUCUACACAACUGUCCGUUUCACGGUGAAAUAGUGGAAGAGCAUCGCUCCGCGCGGCCAAGACGUGCCAAUGAAGAUCCAGUUGAUGACAAUCCAAGCCGCCCAAGCCGUUCUAGGAGGAGUUCAGUAUCUUCUGACUCAUCCGAGGCGUCAGAGUGUUCUACAAGUACGCUGAUGAAUGUCAAGAAACAUGUCAACGCGCCACCACGAGAAGAGGCAGAUGAUGAUGUCGACAAUGGACCGCGGCGCACUCUGCUUCACUGGCAAACCAGAUCAAAGACGCAUUUAGUAGACAAACGCCCACCUUUCUUCCCUUGCAGUCACGAGGGUACCUGCGACACCUCACCGGACUGUACUUGUCGCAAGAACAACAUCACGUGCGAAAAGACAUGCGCCUGCUCUAUCUCUUGCAGGCGGAGGUUCAGAGGGUGUAACUGUGCCCAGGUGGGCACAAUAUGCUGGCAGAACGAAAAAUGCGAUUGUUUCGGUCUCAACAGAGAAUGCGACCCUGACCUCUGUGCAACAUGCGGCGCAGCUGAAGUCCUCGAUCCCGUCAACAGGUACAAUGACGCCGUAGCUCAUGGUAAAUGUGCGAACGUAUCCAUUCAACGCAACGUCCCGAAGCGCACGUUGUUGGGCCUGUCAGAGGUUCAGGGCUUCGGGUUGUUCAUGGGUGAACCAGUCAAGGAAUUCGAUUAUCUUGGAGAAUACAAAGGCGAGACACUCACGAAAAUGGAAGGGUCAAGGAGAGGUGCUAUAUAUCAGCAACUUCUUACAAAUUAUUUGUUCGACCUCAACAAAGAUCAAGAAGUUGACAGUACCAGAGCUGGGAACAAAUUCCGCUUCAUUAAUAAUUCAGCUCUGGCGCCAAAUUGCACGCCCAAAUUGUUACUUUGCAACACAGUGGUUCGUAUUGGGAUGUUUGCCGCGCAAGACAUUAAAAAGGGCGAAGAACUCUUUUUUAAUUACAACUAUCCCGCGAAUAUCACCAAGGGUUUCCGCGAGAGGGCUGGAGUCACCAACUCAGCCGCCGCCUCAAAAAACAAACGUAACAAGAACAAAGCCACUAGCGCCGUGAACGGCGCCUCGGCAUCUUUCUCCGAAUCAUCCAGCAGCAGCCAGGCAGAGCACAUGGGUCCCGGAAACAGAAGCUACGGAGGGUUAGGAGGGAUAGCAAGCACACCACUACGCUCCAGUACCAUUACCAAUCUGGCAUCCAUCAAGAGGCACCGACCGAAGAGGAAUGCAGCUAAGACGAGAAAUCGGGCUCCCACUGAGCUGGCUGGUGAGGCAGAGGAUGACCAGGAUGAGGAGUAUGCGGGUGGAGGGGUUGAAGAUACAGACGAGGAUGAUUAUGGCGACCCUACUGAUGAUGAAUCAAACAGGCCCAGAAAGCGAGGAAGGAAAAGGAAGGACGAUUGGAUGUAAUGAGGUAGCAGAUAGAAGGAAUUGCUUUGUAGAUUUAUUGCCAGAGGCAACAAUACGAAUCGCCGUUCUCCAGAAGCAAGGGGAUAACAAACAUGCAGCCGUGAUUUGGGAAGUGGUACGGAUG